CCAUCCCUGUGCGUAUGUGUACCUGUCACAAAGUUAACCUCAAUUUCGUUCAGUAUAAAAUUUCAAAAUAAAGGGUUGAGUUUGCGAUGAAUUAUAUCGCUUAUGAUUCAUGAUAAAAAUUGUCUAAUGAACAGGUGAUAAAGAAUAUUUAAUUAGUUUUACACUUGGAAUAUGGUGAUCAAAACCAAAUCUCUCAACCCACUUAGGUAUUUGGUAUUUUUCCUCAUAUUAUUCACAACAUUAGUUGGUGUGAAUAGUUCUGAUCCGGUAAUAUAUGCGGUAAAUUGUGGUGGAGACGCCCACACUGAUGUUCACGGUGUGAGAUAUGAGAAAGAUCCCCUUCAUGGAAAAAUAGGCAUUGCCUCCGACUAUGGAAAAAGAUUGCUGAUCGGAAGGAUACCACCAGAGGACCAUAUUUUGUACCAAACUGAAAGAUAUCAUACGAAUACGUUUGGCUAUGAUAUACCAAUUACUUCAGAUGGAGAUUACGUUCUAGUAUUAAAAUUCUGCGAAGUAUAUUUCAAUGCACCCAAUCAAAAAGUUUUUGAUGUUGUCCUCAACGGAGAACAUAUGAUAGUGUCAGAUUUGGACAUAUUUGACAAAGUUGGGAGAGGUUUUGCUCAUGAUGAAUAUGUUCCGUUUAGGGUGAGCAAAGGACGACUUAUCUAUAAUGAAGAAGAAUCAGAUAUACGAGGUGGGAAAAUACGUGUUGAGUUCAUAAAAGGUAACAAAGACAACCCAAAAGUUAACGCUAUUUACGUUGUGAAAGCGCAGUUGGAAGAUGUCCCAAAAUUGCCCCCUAUACAAAUAGAACCUGAAAAAUUCGAAGAUCCAAGGGAAGAACCUGAGGUUAUACCGAAAAAUCGACGUCCUGGUGCAGCCAAACAACCUGAUCCAUACACGAUGGAUGAUUCUUCAAUAAUGCUCCCUGUUUUUAUUGCAAUAGGUGCUUUUAUUCCUCUUUUAUUCUGUCUAUGUAAAUUGUGAUUCAUUUGUGAUUUCUUAUUGAAUUUCUCAGAAUUACAGGAUAAUUGUCAAUUCAACUAGUCAAUUUAAAAAAAAAUCUGGUUGAAUCACAAAAUAGCUAUAAACCUAGAUUAGGUUUGGCUAUAGGUAAAUGAAUUUUGUAAAUCAUGUAAUUGUUUUUUUAUGUUUGUUGUAGUAACUGUUGAAAUUGAUAUUUUCUUGUUAAUGAUACUGGACAAUAGAUACCUGAACAGAA